UUUCUUAUUUUGUUUGGACUUUUAACUAAAAUGACUAACAUAUUUCAGUAUGAGCUUCAAAUAGCCCCAGGACAACAGUUAGAACCUUUGAUUAAUCAGCUUCAAAGCCAGGCAGAGCAAGAUAUUCAACAUAGAUCUUUUGGGAAAGCAUUCCUUGUUGCUAAAUGGUACAAAUUUGAUAGAAAGUUUUUAAAACCAUUCCUUACAAAUAGUAGACCAAAUUUAAUGGAGACAUGUCCAAAUUGUUGUCUACCAUUAGCAAGAAUGUUAACAACUCAAGAACAGCUGAUGGAAAGUGAUUUAAAUCAUGAUCAGGAUUCAGACACAGAUAUGAUAAUAGAUCAUAGAGAGUUGUCUAUAGGAGAAGACAGUCAGAUUAGUGCCAGUCCUUCAAUGAACUCCACCCAAGAUAAAGAACACACGGAGGAAUGGACCAAACUUAUGAAACGAUUAUGAAUAACAAAUCAAAUAAAUUUCCAAAAUAUAGAGAAGAUCUGAGCGGUGACCUUGGCCUUGGAGAACGAUCAAAUCAACCAGUGAGAUUACAAGUUAACUUGGGUUCACCUUCAGGAGACCAUGUGUGAUUUUAUAUCUAUAUCAUCCAAUCAGCUUGCAAUAUCUCUAUCAUAGAUUAUAACUAAUGUUUAUACAGCCUGAAUGUGAACACUGUACAUUACAUAUUGAAAUAUUGCUUAAUUCUGUAUGGUUCAUAUAAAUUAUGUGAAAACUGUCAAUUAUGUAUUGAAGCAAGCUUAAUUCUGUAUAGCUGUUAAAUGUGAAAACUGUCAAUUAUGUAUUAAACAAGCUAAAUUCUGUAUGGCUCACAUAUGUGAAAACUAAACUGUCAAUUAUGUAGUUUAACAAGCUAAAUUCUGUAUGGCUCAUAUAUGUGAAAAGUGAACUGUCAAUUAUGUAUUGAAACAAGCUAAAUUCCGUAUGGCUCACUUAUGUGAAAAGUGAACUGUCAAUUAUGUAGUUUAACAAGCUAAUUUAUAUAUAUGGCUCACAUAUAUGUGAAAACUCAGUUAUGUAUUGAAACAAGCUAAAUUCUGUUUAACAAACUAAAUUCUGUAUGACUCUCAUAAUUAUGUGAAAACUAAACUGUCAAUAAUGUAGUUUAGUAAGCUAAAUUUUGUAUAGCUCACUUGAAAAUUGUCAUUUAUGCAGUUUAACAAGCUAAAUAAUGUAUGGUUCACAAUUAUGUGAAAAUUAAAGUGUCAAUAAUGUAGUUUAACAAGCUAAAUUCUGUAUAGCUCACAUACAUAAAGACUGUAAAGUAUGUAUUAUUAUACAGUUAUUUCAUAUGUGAUUUGGGAACAGUCAAACUGUUGGCCCGAGGUGGAGGGGGUAGUGUUUUGAACUGUUCAGUUCAAAACACUAUCACCCACACCGAGGGACAA